AUGGCCCGGGAAUUGGACCCGUCCAAGAGAGACUACGACCUCUCCGCCCCCAUACCAACAGACACCGGUCUUCGACAAGGCCUAACGUCUUAUGGUGACGCUCACUUCUCUCUGUUCCUGCGAAAGGUCUUUAUCAAGGCGCUGGGGUACUCGGAAGACGCUCUCUCCCGUCCCAUCAUUGGCAUCAUCAACACCUACUCCGGGUUCAACCCGUGCCAUGGGAACGUGCCUCAGCUCAUCGAAGCCGCCAAGCGCGGCGUCCAGCUCAAUGGGGGUCUCGCAAUCGAGUUUCCCACCAUCAGCGUGCACGAGUCCUUCUCCCACCCGACCAGCAUGUUCCUGCGUAAUCUGAUGAGCAUGGACACGGAGGAGAUGAUUCGCGCGCAGCCGCUUGAUGCAUGUAUCAUGAUCGGAGGCUGUGAUAAGACCAUCCCCGCGCAGCUGAUGGGCGGCAUCUCCGCCAACAAGCCCGUGUUGCCGUUGAUCACCGGGCCCAUGAUGCCGGGCAGCAACCGCGGCCAGCGCAUCGGCGCGUGCACCGACUGUCGCAACAACUGGGCCGCAUACCGCGCUGGAGACCUCGACAUCGAGGAGAUUGCUGCCAUCAACGAGGAACUGGCCCCGACGAUCGGCACCUGCGGCGUCAUGGGCACGGCCAGCACCAUGGCCUGUCUAACCGCAGCGCUGGGCAUGAUGCCCCUGCGCGGAGCGUCCGCGCCAGCAGUAUCGUCCGCCAGGAUCCGCAUCGCAGAGGAGACCGGCGGCCUCGCGGUAGCAGCAGCCCUGUCCAAACGGACCCCGCAGACCAUCCUCUCGAGGGAAUCCUUCCUCAACGCCAUCACAGUCCUCCAGGCCAUCGGCGGGUCCACCAACGCCGUCGUGCAUCUCCUCGCCAUCGCCAACCGCCACCCCACCAUCAAAGGCACAAUCACGCUACAAACAAUCGAAGAAAUCGGCCAGAAAACCCCGCUCCUGAUCGACCUCAAACCCAGCGGCGACAACUACAUGACCGACUUCCACAACGCCGGCGGCAUGCUCGCGCUCCUGCACACCCUGCGCCCGCUGCUCCACCUCUCCGCCACGACCAUCACAGGCCACACCCUCGGCGCCGUCCUCGACAGCGCGCCCUUCCGGCCCUUCCCCCUGUCCACGACAAUCAUCCGCCCGCUCUCCGACCCGCUGUACCCGUCCGCCUCGCUCGUCGUGCUCUACGGCAACAUCGCGCCCCACGGCGCCGUCAUGAAAGCCUCCGCGUCCAAAGACCGCCGUCUGCUGUCCCACUCCGGGCCCGCCGUCGUCUUCGACAACACCGCCGACCUCGCCGCGCGCAUCGACGACCCCGCGCUACCCGUGACCCGCGAUUCCGUUCUAGUCCUGAAGGGUAUCGGCCCCGUCGGGAACCCGGGCAUGCCCGAGGCCGGAAUGAUCCCGAUCCCGCGCCGGCUGGGCGCCGCCGGCGUGACGGAUAUGCUGCGGUUGUCGGAUGGGCGCAUGUCGGGGACGGCGGGGGGCACGAUUGUGCUGCAUAUCUCGCCUGAGUCCGGGCUGCCCGAGUCGCCGUUUGGGGUUGUGCGGACGGGUGAUGUGAUUACUUGUGAUGUUGAGAGGAGGCGGCUCCAGCUGGAGAUCUCGGAGGAGGAGCUGAAGGCGCGGGUUGAGGCGAGGAAACGGGCGUUUGCGGAGGAGGGCGUUGUGCAGGAGAGGCGGGCCAGACGCGGGUACCGGGGGUUGUAUGAGCGGUCUGUGAAUCAGGCGCAUGUUGGCGCUGAUUUUGAUUUUCUUGUUGCGGAGUAG